CAUUCAGUACGCAAAUAGAAUUUGACGCGAACAGUCGACUUGCAACGCAACACAAUAAUAUUUCUUGUUCAACUGGACGUCGAAUAGCCUUUAAUGUUUCAAGUAUUACAAAGAGAGCUGUUUGGAAUUUGCUUGGUACUACUCAGCCUGCAAUAUGCCUAUGAAACAGAAGCGGGAAUGCCCAAGGUCCCCAAUAACAAAUUCGAAUGCAAGGAUGGCAAGCGCAUUGACCAUUCUCUUAUUUGCGAUGGUAAUAAGAAUUGUUUAGAUGGAAGCGAUGAGACAUUUGAAGUUUGUCACGAUUUCAAGUGCGACAAACUUCGUUGCAGUUACGGCGGCUGUAUCGAAACUACCAAUAUGUGUGAUGGCAAAAAUGAUUGCUGGGAUGGUACAGACGAGUACAUUUUCGAUUGUAGUAGCGAAACACAUCUAUUCAAUACAUUUAUCAGUGGUGAAUGCACUGAUAGCCAACACAGCCAGUUUCAAUGCAGACAAUCAAAAGAAUGUCUGUCCUACUACGAAGUGUGCGAUGGCGUUGAGAAUUGCUCCGACAAAUCGGAUGAAUCACCUGAGCUUUGCGUGGGCACCAUUUGUCUCGAAGGCACCUUCCGCUGUGCAUACGGCGCCUGCAUUUCCAAAACUGCACUAUGUAAUCAUGUAACCGAUUGUCGCGAUGGCUCUGAUGAAAUUGCUUCCAUAUGCAGCAAAGACUUCAAUAUGUCGUGGUAUACAAAUCUCUGGCAAAAACAGGAUAUACCAGACACAAUUGACACCACCACGAUCCGGAUUUCACAUGAAAAUGAGAAAAGCUGCAAAGUGAUCGGGGCUAAUGUGCAUCUUAAAACUAUGUAUAACGGUCUACCAUAUUUGGGCGAAGGAACCGUACCACAUAUGACGACGGUGAGACUCAGUUGCGGCUUUAAUUUUGUGCGCCAGGGCAGCGAUGUGAACACAUGCGACAACGGUGAAUGGAUGGCACCUUGGAUCGAAUGCAUCAAAGGCUGCAAGAGCAGCACGAUCACAAAUGAUCGCAGCAUUCAAGCCGUUUGCACUUAUGAGGACGAAAUCGUCGACUGCUCCACACUGCUCCACUUGCCCAAAACUAUUGCCACCACAAAGUGUGCUCAGGGCUAUAAGCACACUGAGGCUAUUGCUCAGGGCGAAGUUGAGUGCAAAGUUGGUGGCUUUUGGCGCAGGCGUAAUGCAGUGUCCGUAAAAUUAAAGUGCAUACCCGACUGUGGCAGGACUUUUGAUACGGUUAAGGGCGAUCCGUGGGUGGUUAGUGUAUUUAAGCGCAUGGGGCCUGAUAGACAUAACUUUCAGUGCCUGGGCACAAUUAUAAAUCCUUCCUAUGUCCUAACUGUGACCAGUUGCUUUCAACACAUGCGAGGCAUAACCGAAUAUUCCAUAAUAAUGGGCAAUCAUACAAACAGCUUCAACCCGAACAGGGAGCACGGCUACGAUGUGCGCCACAUUAGCACGAUCAUCAGCAAAUUCAAGCCUCUAGUACUGCUUAAAAUGGUAAAUCCAUUUGUACUCUCAGCGAAGGAACGACCCAUUUGCCUUGAAGAAAUCGCGAAUGAUUACAAUGGACCGAAACCAUUGCCUCAGGGAAUGGCUGUAGUCAAUAAGAAAAAUGGCACUAGCUCCUUGACACAUGUUUCAAAUAUCACACACAUUAUCGAUUUCCAGGACUUUCGGGAUAGUAUUAAAGAUGAAAUCGAACAAGCAUGAUCAACAUGAAAACUGUAAUAAUUUAUGAGUAUAUUUAUAUACGCACACGUCAUUAAUCUUCUGUUCUAUUCAAAACUGUCGUAUUCAAUAAAUUUUAAAACUAAAGUUAAAUAAACUUCAAUAAAUCUAAAUAAAGAGAAA